AUGGCAGAAGCAGCAGCGGCAUGGUCAGACCAUGACUUGUCGGCUUCUCGACGACUUCACCGGUCCGAUGCACGCAUCCCUCGGCAAGUGGAAAGAGACGGCCGAUACGGUCGACGCUCGCUCCGCAGUUCGACGGAUAAACUGACUGUCUCGACUUUUGGACGAGGAUUCCCUAAGGACUAUGGCCGAGCAGCGAGUCCCGCGCGCAGAGCUAAUGGCGAGGACAAGAAGGUCGUGAUAGGAGCCGCUGCAUCGAUUCUGAGCAUGGCUGUCGACGGCCUCUUCAAAAGGACCAAGAAGACCGAACUCGGGUCAGCGUCCCACGAGAAGCAUCUCCACGCAAACCAACGUCUGCCGUCGUACGAACUGGGGUUGCGCAGCGACAGACCGAGCUCGAGCUUCGCUCAAAGCGCGCACAGCAAGCUCCGCAGGAAAACGCCGAGACGCAAGAGACAAUGGCUCAAAUGCUCAGAAUCGGCUUACCUGGAUCCCAUCGCCUGUCCGGAUCGCCUGUCUCACAUCGUCGUCCCACUGUACUGCACUUUGUUCUUCGUCAUACGUAUCAACAAUCCCGUCGGGAGAUGUCGCGGUGCCGCCAAUACUGUUGGCAUCAGCGCCGAACCGCUCAUGCUGACGAGGAGUGGGUCAGCGUCUCUGGACUCUCACAAUAAGAACGAUUGCUCCUCCGAUCCUGGUGCAUCCGUUUCCGAGUGCGCCUACAAAGCAGACAUAAUUCAACAAGGCUUCGAAAACAUCUACCUCGUCGCAUCAUUCCAGAACCGGACAGCCGCCUGUUCAAGAUCUCCGAGCUCAGAAAUGCGCCCAGAUCCAUCGCCAGCGCCAACUCCAAACGUUUCUACACCAGCAUCGCCCGCGCAAGAAGCUCCCAAGGAGCGAGACAAACUCGACCUGGCAAAGCGUACUGUCUCUACAGCAGAGACAAACACAGCCAGCACGCUAUUCGGAGGUGCCGGAGCUUCUCCUUUCGAUGCAAUAGGUACACUGCGAAAAGGGCCGACGGAGCGCUGA